AUGGCAACAGGUGACUUGAAGGGGUGUCUGAAGAGGCUUGCUACGUCACUCAGACUCUUAAAGUAUCCAAGAGAAGUUGACUAUCAAGGAUUGGCGAGAGGAGACCCGUCAUCCUGUCUGCCCAUCAUUAGUUUUGCCUUCACUUCCUUUUCCUCAUCCGUGGCCGAGUACCUACUUGACUUUAGAGUGGAACUUACCGGAAAAAACGACCUGAGUUUCAUCGAAAGUGUCUAUAAGGUUCUGCGGGAUCUCUUCAGCUAUAAACCUAUGCUCACGAAACAGCAGUUCCUUCAGUUUGGAUUCGCUGAGAGAAAGGUCAACAUUCUUUGUGACAUCAUCAACUUUGUGAUUAGCAAACACAAAGAGCUCACGAAAGACAACAAGUCUGUAAGUCACCCGAAGAGAAGGCCGAUCAAAGAGAAAUUCCACUGCACAUCUUACACCGAGGACCUUAUAGCGGACACGCACACAGAGUGGUUCUCGGGUCUGCCGACUCAGCAGACCAAGCCUCUGGUGGAGAGACAUUUGGGCAGCAGCACGCCGGCCCAGUUCAGCCUGUCCUCGGAGGAACCGCGCCCCCAGGAGGAGGAAGAAGACGAGACGCCCGACGAAGACGCUGAGGAAGACUCUACACGAGCCACUCAUCCCAUGGAGUGUGUGGCGGAGAGCAAAGUACGAGCGUUGGAGGACCAGUUGGAGGAAUGCAGACGCAGACUGGGCAGAGUGGACAUGCUGGAGCGCAGACUGGAGCAGCUGGAGAGAGACAUGGUCGGGAAGAUCGUCAUAGACCAGGGACAGUGGGAGAACCUAGAAAGCCGUGUGCUGCUGUUAGAAACCAGACUGGCCCUGAACUCAGCACAGAAGGAUACAGUAGUAAUUACGAGGGCUGAAAAUGUUAAUCUGGAAAGGAAAACAAGCCCAGAGGAGACAGGAACCAGAGACGACAUGACGGAAGUUCUGUCUCGUUACUCCCCAGUGUUGGUCCAGUCGGCUCCAGAACCUGAAAACCAGCCCGUUUCUCCGCCCGCGGCUCCAGAGGAGAAUAUUAAGGACAGGUUGGAAAGAAUAGCCAACAUGAUGAAGGACACGUCAAGCCUAUUACGAAGCGUGGAACCUGCCAUAUAA